CUUAUGCAACUACGCACUGGCCACGCACCAUUACAACGUCACCUACACCGUAUACGUCCAGACGAGUUCGAGAACCCCACCUGUCCCGCGUGUGGGCAGCGCGAUGAGACGGUGGCCCACUUCCUUCUCGAAUGCCGAAGCUUUACCAACAGUCGACACCGCCUUGAGCAAGCGGUAGGGCGAGCGAGCCGUAACCUUUCCGAACUAUUAUCCAACCCAUCGAUGUUCAAACACCUAUUCGAGUUCAUACACGAAACCCAGCGCUUCAAGAAGACAUUCGGA